UGUCUAUAUGUUGCCCUUGCGACAAACCCUUCACGAGUGAUAUAUAAAAUGCUUAGGAUCUCGUAAUCUUCCACAGUUGGCAGAUACGUCGAAGUGGUCACCAGUGCUUUAGCCUUGUACCUGCACAGGAUUUUUUCCUCGAAACUGUAAAACAGUUUUUUUUUCGAAUAACAACAACAAGAUGGGACACGAACAGCAGGAUGUGAAAGAGUUGAGAAAUUUGAACUCAAGGUUUUCAAAAUUCACGGAAAGGAACAGUUUCCUUCAGUGUGAGCUCAAUUCCCUGAAAGACGAUUUGAAAAAGCGAGAUGCUGACGUCAAGUCCAUUAAAGAGGCGUCGCGAGUAGAGAUUCAAACGAUAAAAGAAAUCCAUGGAAAGACAAAUGAUCAGAAAAACGACCGUAUCAACACCUUGGAACAAGAACUGCAGGGCUCAUGUGCCAAAGUACGUGAACUCACUGAUAUGUGCGGCCAAAAGCAAAACACUAUUGCGGCUCUUAAUGAUGACAUCUCUCGGCGUGUUACUGACAGCGAAAUUAUGAGAAGGCAGGUUCAAACUCUGGAGAAAGAACUCGACGACUCGAAAAAUAACAUUCGCUGUCGGGAAGACCAACUACAUCAAGUUAAAUUGUGUUUGGAAAGGGAAAUUUCCAAUCGCAGAAUUGAGGCCCAACGAGCAGAGACAAUACAAGCUGAACUGGUCACCCUCAAACAUGACUAUGAAAUCAAAAGCAAAGAGUAUCAGGAACUUUUGGCCAAACAAAAUCCCGAUGCUAAAAUUAAGAAAUAUUGGGAAUCAGAACUCAACAAAUCCAAGAAUGAAAUUCGCCGAGAAUAUGAACAUAAAUUAGAAAGAGAAUGUUCUACCAUAAAGACUGAGUUCGAAUCCAAGAUUCGAAGAAUACGUUCGGAAGAAGAGGUUAAAGUGAGACAAAUGGAAAGAAAGAACAAAGAAAUUCGUGAAGAGAGAGAUGAGUUUGAAAAAAACGUUUUGAAAUGCAAGGGUCAGAUCAACGAUUUAAAAUCGAAAUUGGAUGAAGAAAACGCUAAACUUUCAUCUGUUUCUUUGGAACUGAAACGUGAGAAAGACGAACAUAGAGCCGAUGAUGCCCGUCUCAAUGGCACUAUUGAAAUAUUGCAAAAGGAAAACCAAGAUCUGUUGGACGCGAAUCGGAGGAUCGAAGACGAAAUUGAUCGUUAUCGUAGCAUACUGGAUCGGGCUGAAAACUGUUGUUCGUCUGCGGCCAUGCUGGAGUACUGCUCUUAGUCGAGCAAAUCGACCCCAGGAUUUAUUCUUUAAAGGAAUCUUCCUCAAAGACGAACACAUAAAAAGUAUUGUUUCCAAUCGUGGCCAUCAAGACCGUUUUCUCUGUCUCAACUUCCAGAAGAUUUAUUAUUUUAUGUAAAGAGUUUCCCAUAUAAUAUCUUCAGUUGAGAGAUGCGAUAAUUAUUUUCUCUCAACUUUUGUUAUUUUUAAUUUCUUUUCUCUAAACUCUUACUUAUUCUUUUUAUAUUAGGUUGUCCUACAUGAGAAAUGAAUAAGCAAAAGUUAUAAAAUUUUUUUUUCUUAAUCAAAAUAACCUACGUUGCCUUCAACAAUUUUUUUUCCAUCAUCUUGAGAGUCUAUAUACUGCCUUGGAAAAUAUUAUUGUCUUUCGAAGCUAUAAAUUACUCAAAUGCUGUGAUUGACUUUGCUUGCAUACUUUUUCGUGUUGAUGAAAAGUUGAAGAAAAAAGAACAGGUCGCCAAACAAAGCAUCUUCUUUACAGCACUUAAAUCAUGUGGAAUAAAUUUGUUCAGCUCUUUCAACUUACUGAUCGUUGCAAGAUGAAGUCCUAUAAAAUCGUUCUAAUUAUUGCCAAGAGCACGAACACCAUGUUCCAAUGUUUCCUCAUUGACCAAUCAUGGAGGGAGUUUCUAGAUCGAAAUUUAUUGAACCAUAUUCUUUCUGUUCUGCUGUACAAGUUCCCAUUCGAAAUGGAACAUUGACAGUUUCGUUCGCUUUAGAGACAUUUUCAUCGAGUCUAAAAUCAUAGAACGGUAAAAGUCUGACUUCUUUCCUGGACAGCGUCUAAAAAGGCUAAGAACAUUAAAUUUGUCUUAUAGUCCACAAUACAGUUAAAAUUUUCUAGAUCUGAUGUCAGCAAAUUGUGUAGAAAAAUGCAGCACAUGUCUGGUAAAUUUAAAAGAAAGAGUUGAUGCUUUAACAUUUAUCAGAUACACUCUCACAAAAACAAAUUUUAGAAAGAGUUCAUCUCACGUGGGACAACCAAAUAUUUCUCUUUGAUAAUAAUUUUACAGUCUUUAAAAGUAAGGUUUCAUAAUUUCUCCUUCUCUAAUUAUAAUUUUACAAUCAUUGCUUAAACUUUUGCUUGUUUUUUUUUCAUUUUUCUCUUUCUUUAAUCAUAAUUUUAUGCUCAUUCUUUAAAUAUUUGCUUUCAU